AUGUCCACCCCCGACCCACCUGCAUGGGCCCCACCCAACGAUGUGGAAGGAUUCAGGCAGCAGUAUGAGGCCGAUUCUACCGAACUGUUUAACAACAUCGCUGCCCUCGUCCAGCGCAUCCGCUUCCAGAGGGACACCCUUCAUACACAACUCACCGCCGCCAAUGAAAUCAUUGACAACCUCGAGGAGCAGGUAACCCGGCUCAACCUCGACCUCAAUGUCGCCCGCGCUGCUCCCGCCCCUACCGUUGCUGUCCCCGUUGCCGCUUCCCCCCCACCUGUUACUGUCGCCGCCUUCAGGUCCGAAAAGUUUCCAGACCCUGAAAAAUUCGAUGGCACCCGUACCAAGCUCCCCGGAUUCACCACCCAACUUCGAAUGAAACUUGAAGUCAACCACGAUCGGUUCCGAAACGAGGCAGCAAAGGUUAUUUAUGCCGUCAGUCGCUUGAAAGGAAGGGCCCUUGAUCAGGUCGUUCCACUCAUUAACGCUAACCCUGCCGCCCCCUUCUCCUCCGUCACUGCCUUCGUUGCCCACCUGGAAGCCUCGUUUGGAGACCCAGACCCCCAGGGUACCGCCCGUCGCCAACUCGUUGCCUUGAAGCAAGGCAAAGGGGACUUCGCCACCUAUUACUCGCAAUUCCUCCGUAUUGUGGCAUACCUGUACUACAACGAAGGAGCCAAGAUCGAUGCGCUGGCUGAAGGACUGUCGGAAGACCUGAAGGACGCCAUGACAUACCGGAUAGACAGGCCUAACACUGUCGAGGCCUAUGCCACCAUGUUGAUUACGAUUGACAACCAGGUUCGGGGCCGUAAAGCUGAACAGCGGGCCAUUCGGAAUACGAUGGGACAUUUCACCGCCCCCACUGCUGUCGCACACCCAUCUCAUACCGCUGGAGGCCUCGUCCCAAUGGACCUCUCCACUCUCCAAAACCGUCCCACUCAAUGCCCUGCCACCGAACAACGAUACACUUUUGUCAAUGGACAACGCAAAACCUCUGCGGCCGAAAAACAAUGGCGAAGGGACAACAAUCUCUGUAUGUACUGCGCUAACCCCGGUCAUGUCUUCACCAACUGCCCCUCUGCUAAUCGCCUGCGUGGCAACCAACCGGUUAUGAGAGGCGCCCUCCUCGCCCCCGGUCAUACGGCUAUCGACCCCGCUAUUCCACCAGUCGCUAUCCCGGGCUUGAUUAAUGGCCCCUGCUUGGGACCUUCCAAUGUUUCUCCUUUGUCUGCGUUUUCUAUCUCUGGCUUCUCAGUAUCGUCUGUGGAGGAUAAAUUGGAUGGGGAUCAUUUUGUUGCUUCUUGUAAAAUUAUAAACAAUGAAAUAUCCAUUCAAACUCACGCAUUGAUCGAUACCGGUUGCUCCGGAUUCGCAUUCAUUGAUGAAACAUUCGUGCGCCAUAACAGCUUUCCAUUUCUCCCCCUUAAAUCACCCCGCACUCUUGAAGUCAUCGACGGACGGCCCAUAUCUUCCGGACAAAUUACCCACCUCUGCUACCUACCGCUAUCAAUUGACUCCCACCAUGAAACUACCCCCUUCUUCGUUACCAAACUCGGCUCGUACCUACUCAUCCUCGGAAUUCCCUGGCUUCAAUUACACGACGCCACAUUACGGUUUAAGGACAAUAGCAUACGGUUCGACUCCGAAUACUGCAAACACAAGUGCAACUCUUCCGCGAUACCCGUGCCCAUUAGAGGGGUUGCACCACCGCCCCGUUUCCACCUCGUCAGUUCAGCUGCUCUUUGUCGCUUUGCUCGAAGGGACAAACUCCAAAUCUUUAGUACAACUAUUGAGGAAAUAGAUCAAACAAUGGGCGAGGCCCCUAAGGAAGACUGGAAGAACCGAGUCCCAACCCAGUAUAAUAGGUUUCACGAGAUGAUGGACGAAGAAUUCGCUAAUGAGAUGCCGCCUCGCCGCCCCUAUGAUCAUAAGAUACCGCUUAAAGAAGGGAAAGAGCCCCCUUUUGGGCCACUUUAUGGUAUGUCCCACGAGGAACUCAUUGUGCUGAAACAAUACAUACAGGACAACCUCCAAAAAGGCUUCAUUCAGGCCAGCUCUUCGUCUGCCGGUGCCCCGGUCCUAUUUGUUAAAAAGGCCGAUGGAACACUCCACCUCUGUGUUGAUUAUCGUGGCCUUAACGAACUUACUGUCAAAAACCGCUACCCGUUGCCACUCAUCCGGGAAACCCUCGAACGCCUUUCCAAAGCCAAGUGGUACACCAAACUUGACCUUCGCCAAAGGUACAACCAGAUCCGAAUGGCUGAAGCAACCUUUCAACAUUUCAUCAAUGAUUGCGUCCGCGACUACCUUGAUAUAUUCUGUACAGCCUACCUUGACGAUAUUCUUAUUUACAGCGACACCUUCGAGGAACAUCAAGUACACGUCGAAAAGGUCUUGGAAGCCCUACAAAGAAAUGAAGUACUGCUGAAACCGGAGAAAUGCGAAUUUCAUACACAAAGUACCACCUAUCUCGGCCUUAUUAUUGAACCCAAUGGUAUUAAAAUGGACCCAAGGAAAGUGGAGACAGUGAAGAAUUGGACCGUCCCCAAAACAGUUAAGGAUGUGCAAGCAUUUCUAGGUUUUGCUAACUUUUACCGCCGAUUCAUACGCGGAUUCUCGGAACUGGCCUCUCCGCUUACCAGACUAACACGUAAGGAUAUAUCAUUUGGAUGGACACCUGAAGCACAAACCGCCUUCAACGCCCUAAAAGAAGCCUUCACCACUGCUCCCAUUCUUACUCAUUUUGACCCGGAGAAAGAAAUUACUGUGGAAACCGAUGCAGCUGACUAUGUCUCUGCCGGUGUACUCUCCCAAUAUGAUGACAAUGGUAUCCUUCGACCUGUCGCGUACUUCUCGAAAAAACACUCCCCCGCCGAAUGCAACUACGAGAUUUAUGACAAGGAAUUACUGGCAAUUAUUCGGCCUUUUGAGGAGUGGCGACAGGAACUUGAAGGGGCUGCACACCCAAUCGCCGUCAUAUCUGAUCAUAAGAAUCUCGAAUAUUUUAUGAGUACCAAACAACUCAACCGGAGACAAGCACGGUGGGCAGAAUAUCUGUCAUGGUUUACUUUUGUCAUUAAGUACCGACCAGGAAAACAAGGAGGGAAACUGGACGCGUUGACAAGAAGAUCGGGAGAUCUCCCUGGAGAGGGGGAUGAAAGACAAUUGCAUCAGAGUCAAGUUGUGUUGAAGAAGGAGAAUCUCGAUGCAAAGCUAAGUUUGUUGGCGGGUUCUUUCUCAAAUGAGCCCGCUGAAAAGAACGCCUCACUGCAUGGACUAUUCGAUGAAGGAUAUAGCGCUGACCCGUUCCCACAAAAGAUACUGGAUAUGCGGAACAAAGGCAGCAUAUAUGUCUCUGAUUACGACCCCCUUAAGCUCCGAAUCCUUCAACUUUACCAUGACGCUGCCUCUGCGGGACAUCCGGGACGCGAAAAAACAUUCGAACUCGUCAGUCGAGACUACAACUGGCCCCUUAUGCGGAAUUAUAUUGCCCGCUACGUUCGGAACUGCCACACCUGCCAACGAAGCAAGCCCAAUACCCAUGGAAAGCGCGGUCAGGAAAUAUCAAUGGACUUUGUUACUGGCCUACCAGAGAGUGAAGGGUACGAUGCAAUUAUGGUAGUUGUUGACCGGCUAACAAAGAUGCGACAUCUCUUGCCCUGUAAUACUACUGUUAACUCCGAAGACGUCGCCCAACUAUACCUGCUACCGACACAUGUCACCUCCGACCGCGGUACACAAUUUACAGCCAAGUUUUGGAAAGCUCUUUGUAAACACCUCAACAUCGAAGCAAGGAUGUCUACCGCCUUCCAUCCGGAAACUGACGGCCAAACCGAAAGGCUGAAUGCUGUGAUGGAGCAAUAUCUACAUGGGUAUGUUUCUUAUCAACAGGACGAUUGGGUAAAAUGGCUUCCUAUGGCAGAAUUCUCCGCCAACAACCAGGUCUCCGCAUCCACUAAAGCCACACCAUUCUUCGCGAACUAUGGUUUCCACCCCCGGUUCACAGCGACGAUUAAAUCGCUUGACAGGACCCCACCGAGUCUCAAUGCUAAAGACUUCGCCUCGAAGAUGAAAGAACUCCACGAGUACCUACGUUCCAACAUCCACACGGCGCAAGAUCAACAAGAGCAGGCCAUCAAUACCAAACGAACGCCGGCUCCACGGUACGAUAUCGGCGAUAUGGUGUUUGUUUCAGCAAAAAACAUCCGAACCACGCGUAACUCCCGGAAACUGGACUGGAAGAAACUGGGACCCUUCCCCAUUAAAGAAAUUAUAUCGCCCUAUGCGUAUCGAGUCGACCUGCCUAGGAGUAUGAAGAUGCACCCCGUCUUCCACGUAUCAUCGCUAGACCCCGCUGCAAAUGAUCCUGUCCCGGGGCAAAUUCAACCACCACCCCCACCUAUUAUCGUCGAGCAGGAAGAGGAGUAUGCAGUUGAGGAAAUCUUGGACUCGCGCGAAACACGGAAUAAUGGCCUGCAAUAUUUUGUUAAAUGGACAGGGUAUACCGACCCUACCUGGGAACCCGCCGCAUACCACGAUAAUACCGCCGCCGUUGACAUCUUCCAUACACGUUACCCUGAUAAACCUGGACCGUUGGAGGGAAAGAUUAAGGUUAAGGCUCGCAGGACCUCGCGCUUGAAGGGAGGGGCUACUUUCAUGGAUCGACUAGGGGAUGUACGGGGUUACGAAGAGUCGGAUUAG